AUGUCGACCUCAACGAAACAGCCGAUCGCGCACAUCAAAGCAGUGCUGUUCGACAUGGACGGUCUGCUCAUCGACUCGGAGGGCAUCUACACCAAGGUGGUCAACGACAUCCUCAAGCCCUACGGCAAGGAGCAGACGUGGGAGAUCAAGGCCAACCUCAUGGGCAAACCCGAACGCGAAGCAACCUUGACAUUACUCUCAUCCAUAUGGCCGCCCACAAAGCCUGGCGAACCGUACGGUCCUGAUUGCCCCUUUGACAUUGACAACUUCCUCAAGGAUCGCAACGAGGUGCUUCUCAAAGCGUUUGAGCAGGUGCCUCAGAUGCAAGGUGCCACUAGACUCGUCAAGCAUCUUCACAAACACAACAUCCCCAUCUGCGUUGCUACCGGGAGCAAGCGUAAAAACUACGAGAUCAAGACCGCUGCUCAUCCGGAGCUAUUUGGGCCUUUCGCCGCACGCGUCAUCUGCGGCGACGACGCUCGCCUGACCCGUGGUAAACCUCAUCCAGAUAUCUUCCUCCUCGCUGCACGAGAAGGCCUCCUAACCGACAAAGCAACUUCAGAGAAGCUCGGAGAGCAAUGGACCCAGAACCUCCGCGAAAUGGGCGCAGAAUUCGACGAAUCCCACCACCUCAAAGGAGCAGAAUCGAGCAUCCUCGUAUUCGAAGACGCCAAACCAGGUGUACAGGCGGCAAAGGCGGCAGGCAUGCACGUCGUCUGGGUCCCAGAUCCGAACCUCAGAGCUCUCUUCCCCAACGAAGAGCUGGGCGCUUCGCAGACCAUCGAUUCGCUGCUAGACUUUGAUCCCACAGAUUGGGGUCUACCUGCUUUCGACGAUGCAUCCGACUGA